UGGGUAUCAAAGUCUUGAAGAAUAACUCAUUGAUCAGUCUCCAACAAGGCACAGAGUUGGUUGUACUCACCUUUAUAGAAAAAAAAAAGUAUUUCAGGGAAAACGUUCGUGUUAUUCUGUUUACGUCAUUUCUUUUCACUUGGACGAGCAAACAGGGCAGCUGCAAUGUGGAUUCAAGUGCGCACAAUGGAUGGGAAGGAAACCCACCGGGUGGAUUCCCUGUCCAAACUAACCAAGGUGGAUGAGCUACGUCUUAAAAUUGAAGAACUCUUCAAGGUCGAACCGGAAAGACAACGCUUGUUCUAUCGCGGUAAGCAGAUGGAGGAUGGCCACACAAUAUUUGACUACAAUGUUGGGCUUAAUGAUAUUGUGCAGUUGCUUGUCAGGCAGAAGCUUCCUUCUGUUAAAGUUGUCAAAAGCAGAGACAAAGAAGCUGAGCUCUCAGACUCAGAUUCUGGCUGUGGUUCAACUCAGAGCGAGUGUGACAAGAGUUCCACUCACAGUGAGGUUGAGGCUCAAACUGCCAGCAACUCUGCGCAAACUGACACUGCAGAGCUCAUUGAUCCAGGCUUUGGAUUCUUCAAGAUCAACGAGCUAGUUGAUGCACGCGACUUAAACAUGGGAGCAUGGUUUGAAGCUCAGAUUGUAAAUAUCACAAAGACCACCAAAGCAUCGAAAGAGGAGGCUGCAGAGGCCCACCCAUCUGAGGAGGAGGAGAUACUGUACCAUGUAAAAUAUGAAGAUUACCCAGAGAAUGGGGUAAUCCAGCUGUUGGCAAAGGAUGUUCGACCUCGGGCGCGUACCGUUUACCAGUGGCAUCAGCUGGAGCCGGGAAUGAUUGUUAUGCUCAACUACAACCCAGACGAUCCCAAAGAACGUGGGUACUGGUAUGAUGCUGAGAUCCAGAGGAAGAGGGAGACGCGCACCAUCAGGGAAAUCUAUGCCAAAAUUAUUCUUGGUGAUGCUGGUGACUCUUUAAAUGACUGCCACAUUAUGUUCAUCACUGAAAUCUACAAAAUUGAGGAGCAUGGCUCUAGUGCUGAUGCUCCAGCUGGAUCUGAAAGCCCACUUAAAAGAUCAAAUGGACCGGAGUGCAAGCUCUGUAAAGAUGAUCCCAAAAAGAACUGUCGCUCGUGUAACUGCCACAUCUGCGGCAUCAAGCAGGAUCCUGAUAAACAGUUACUGUGUGACGAAUGUGACAUGGCCUAUCACAUAUAUUGCCUGAACCCACCGCUUACCUCCAUCCCUGAAGAUGAAGACUGGUACUGUCCAGGUUGUCGUAAUGACGCUAGUGAGGUUGUGUUAGCCGGAGAGAAGCUAAAAGAGAGCAAGAAGAAAUCAAAGAUGGCCUCUGCAACGUCCUCCAGCCAAAGGGACUGGGGCAAGGGAAUGGCCUGUGUGGGUCGUACCAAGGAGUGCACCAUUGUACCAUCUAACCACUACGGCCCAAUUCCUGGUGUUCCUGUGGGGUCCCUGUGGAAAUUCAGAGUGCAGGUCAGUGAGGCUGGCGUCCACAGGCCUCAUGUAGCAGGAAUUCACGGCAGGAGCAACGAUGGUGCUUACUCUCUGGUGCUGGCUGGAGGUUAUGAAGAUGAUGUGGAUGAUGGCAAUGAAUUUACCUACACUGGCUCUGGAGGACGUGAUCUUUCUGGGAAUAAAAGGACUGCUGAACAGUCAUGUGAUCAGACACUCACCCACAUGAACCGUGCUCUGGCUCUCAACUGCAAUGUCCAUUUAAAUGACAAAAAUGGAGCGGAGUCCAAGAACUGGAAAGGAGGCAAACCUGUCAGAGUUGUGCGCAACUGCAAGGGUCGCAAGCACAGUAAAUACUCUCCUGAGGAAGGAAACCGUUACGAUGGCAUUUACAAGGUGGUGAAGUACUGGCCUGCGAAAGGUAAAUCUGGGUUCUUGGUCUGGCGGUAUCUGCUAAAACGUGACGAUGACGAACCAGCGCCAUGGACAAGAGAUGGAAAGGAGCGCAUCAAGAAGCUGGGUCUGACCAUCCAGUACCCUGCUGGAUAUCAGAAGGAGAAGGAGAACAAAAAUGAAGUGGAGGAGGAGACGGCAACACCUAGCAAAGCAAAGAGGAAGAGAAAUUCUCAGGGCAGUGAAUCCACUAAAACCUCACCUGGCAAGACUCCUAAGAAAAUGAAGGUGGAGGUGUACAAACUUUCUAAGGAGCAGAAGACCCUCAUCAAGAAUGACAAGCUGAACAAAAAGUUGUGGGAUGAAGCCAUGGAGUCACUGUCACUUGGACCGAAAUUUUUGAAUAAGGUUGAGGAAGUUUUCCUCUGCAUUUGCUGCCAAGAAGUGGUCUUUCAGCCCAUCACCACAGAGUGUCAACACAAUGUCUGCAGGGAGUGCCUUCAGCGAUCCUUCAGAGCAGAUGUGUACACCUGCCCAGCCUGCAGACAUGACUUGGGGAAAAACUACUCCAUGACCGUCAACAAAUCUCUGCAAGAUAUUCUUACUCAGUUCUUCCCAGGGUACAGCAAUGGGCGAUGAUCUCCAGCUCUGUGCUGUCCUUGAGGAAAAUCAUAGUAACUGUAAGGGGAAUCUUCAGCUAAGGCAAUAAAGAAUCUGUUUCUCAUAAUAUAUUUUUAUGAUGAUAAAACUACAAUGUUUUUGGACUUUGGUGCUACAUAAUUUUUUUUUUUCCAACAUGCAUCUGCCCUGAGUGUAGCUGGUUACUGAUAUAUUUAUAGUGACUUUAACCUCCUGGUCCCCUUACUCUGUUAAUACUUUUAAACAGUUUUUAUUUACAUAUUGUUCUGGUGUUUUUAAUACAAGUGUCAGUUGUCUUGGUAAGUUUAGCAGAACUCCUCAGGAGGAUGUUAAGCCAUUUUAUUCAAAUUACCUGCCGAUUCUUUUGGAAAUUAUUCUGUUGUUGGCUUCGCUUAGCUGCAUUGAGUCGUCACUUUGGUUGCCUUAUUCAAUCUAGCCCUAGAUCUGGAAACUUGAUUGGCUUGGAUUGGUCUGACAGGAGAAUGUGUGUUCCCAUUAACUGUGUACUUCACUGUAUGUAGUAUGUCUGUACUUUGAAAGCCUUGUUUUUAUGAUGUGGCUUUUUCCCCAGGAACCGUAGAUGUUCCUUGAAUUUGCCCUGAUUUCUGACAUUGCAUUAGUGUUAAAAGACCUUUUAUAUUAUAAGGCAUUUCAUGCAAUCUCACACUGAACCUUUAAGGUUCAAUUAAAUCCUUUCCGUUUUUGUCUCAAAGAAACAUUUGUUUCAAAGGUGUCCUCAGAAUUGCGUCUUGGUCCAUUUGUAUUUUAUCCAUUUUUAUUACAUUUGUAUUUUAAGUUUCAACAUUUUGGGCCAAAAGCUGCUAAGAAUUUCUAUUAAAUUUAGUUAAUUUGAAUCCUUGGCAGAAUUGAAAUGGUUUCUAUUGAUGAGGUCCAAAAAGCAAAAGAAAGUUUGUGCUUAAUGUAGAACCUGUAGAACAGCUUUUUUUGCCCCUUUUAUUGACCUUAAUAAAGUUUAGAAAUUUAUUUUGCUGAAACUAAAACAUGUACAUUUAAUCUUGCUCCCAUCUGUUAGGCAUUUUUCAGUUAGAUUUUGUCUCCUGUAUUUUUUAAUCCAAUCUCUUCUGAAGAAAAAGCAGGAAAUACUUUCAUUGACUUGAAAUGUAGGUACAUGUCUGACACUGCUCCUGAAAAAUAACUUAAUACCAAAUCAACUAAUAAAUGACGUUUCUUUUACCACA